AUGUUGACAUUAAAAAAUCACCACAAAACAAAUGACAGUGAAGAAGAAUGGGACUUUCAAGCAUCAGUGGAUGUGACAGUUCCUAUAGUUAUGGCAGAAGAAGAACUCAGUUUUGACGAUCGAGGUGAUAUUGCAUUUGUAGUUAGAGUAGCAAGUCAAUUUAUACAGAAGCCUAGAAAACCUCAUCUUGAAGCAGUACGAAGAGCAUUAAGAGCUCGAAGAAAACCAAAAGUAAGGGGAUUCAGGGAUGCAUUUAUUUUAGUAGGGCAGCCACUCAAAUUCUGUAAUGAAGAAGUUGAGAAAUGCAUUGGGCUUUUAGCUUUGAAGGGAAAAAAGGUGGAUUUUGAGAAGAGGUAUAUUUCUCCUCAACUUGUGCGGAAAUAUUUUGAACUGGUGACUGGAAAUUCAAGAAUCACAAAUGAUGUGGGAGGUGCAAACAGAAAAAAGCAAGAUGAAGAAACACUAAUUUACUUUACAAUACUGAGGUACGCGGCAUAUGAAUAUUUACUCGAAUCCUUGGAGAAAUCUGCAGGACAGUUGGCUGCUAUCAAUGCAAUUCGCACGUAUUUAAAUGGAUGCGUUCAUCUGUUGGAGACAAACUUGCACUUGCUUGUGAGCAAGUAUGAGAAGGGUGAAUGGAGGUCACUUGAUGCAAUCGGAAAUGUGUUGGCCAGUUUACAAGUUGAUGAGAAAAAAGGUGCUGCAUUUCAGUCUCGCUUAGGCUGUCUUGGUACUCUUUACACAUGCAGUACCAUGAAAGGAAUGAACACGAGGGUUCAUGAUCAUGAGAAUAAUACGGCUGAUGCCAAUGAUUUGGUUGAUGUUAUUAUCAAGAUUUGUUCACAUGAGGCUAUUCAAAACAAAAAUGUUGCAAUAGAAAACUUGAUUCUUGUUUUCAAGAUAGUUUACCUUCUUUCUGGCGUGUUUGGAUUGGUACUAAAAAUUGAAGAGAUGGGAGCAGAAGAUCAAAACCUCAAACAGGAUUUGAUGGUGGCAGCAAAUGCGCUUAUUUUACCUCCAUCUUCUGUUGAAGAACUUCUUCCUUUGCUUGAAGAACUUGGGAAUUGUUUAAGGAGCGUGACUCAAUCACCAUCGAAGUCUAUGCUAAGGGCUCUAUACCCUGCAAUUAAGGCACUGACAGCAGAAGAACUUUUCUAUCAUGUGGAUGUGGAUGUCAAAGUUUUGGUUGCAUUCUGCAUCAAUGAGAUUAUGAGAAUAACAGCACCAGAUAUACCUUUAGGUGAUGAACAGAUGUUGAAGGAAUUUUUUCGGCUGAUUGUAGCAGCAUUUGAAAAUCUAUCCGACACCUCAAGCUGGUCAUAUGAUAAAAGAGUUUUAAUUCUUGAAACUUUUGCAAAGAUUAGAACGUUUAUGCUGAUGAUGGAUCUUGAUUGCAUUUCCUUAAUUUCACAGAUGUUUAAGCACUUUCUGGGAAAUUUACGAGAAAACCAUCCAGAUGUUGUCUUUUCAUCUAUGGGGUUAAUCAUGAUUCUGACCUUGGAGAAUAUUGACGAGAUUCCACCACAACUUCUCUCCCCACUUUUGGAUAGUGUAAGAAUAGGAAACAAGGAUGUUUUACCUAUCACAAGGAAGCUAGGAGAGAAAGUGAUUGAUAAUUGUGCAUCCAAGCUUGAAUCCUAUAUGCAUCAAGCAGUUAAAUACAAGGGCUUUCCUUUAGACAGUUAUGGUAAAAUUGUUGCUCGUAUAUAUGAGAAACAAUCUGAGGCUUUGAAGCGCAGUCUUCUUAUUUAUCAAUGUAACACUCCUUGGAAACGUCUGAAAAUCUCUAAAAAGUGUGAUCUCGCGAGUAGACGGGAGCGAAAGAGAAUAGGUGGCAUUCGUGAACAAGGUUUUCAAGGUUCUCCUUUAGUCCCAACCAAGAGUUUGUCAAGUGGGCGAAAGAGAAAAGGUGGCAUUCGUGAACAAGGUUUUCAAGGUUCUCCUUUAGUCCCAACAGAGAGUUUGUCAAGUGAUUAUGUAAAGAAUGGUGAAGCCUCACAACCUAGGAAUGCCCUCUUGGAAAAUCAAUGCAAGGGAACAAGUGUUCCAAAAGGCAAAAGAUCAAGUAACAAGGUUGAUUCUGAAAACGAUGGUAAUGAGAUGAACUCGGUCCUCAGAGAUGCAGUGUCGAAUGGAACUGGUGUAAGUGAUGAAUCAGGAGGUAAACAACUUGAGCCAAUUCGUAUAAAGGUGGUUAUGGGGAUUAACAUGAAGGAUAGCUCAUCAGUAAAACAAUGGGUCUGCAAGAAAAGGCGAGGGCAUAAGAGUCCUUAA